GCGUUUUUAGUAAACAUAGAUUUCUUACAUCUGAAUUCAUUCGUAACAGGUCAGUGAGCAAAAAUCCUAAAGCACGAUGUGCAAGAUGGAUGCCGACCGUCAUAAAACAAAACGAAAAAGAAUAAGAUGAUGUCCAAGAGUGCUGACUGAGUAGUGAACUUAUCAGGUAAUGUGACGCGGCCCUCGUCUCCCACGAACAUGGACGACAGUCUGGGCUAACAGGAUCCAGGAGUGCUAUAUAUUUUUCCAAAAUCAACAACACUCUAUGAUCUGCGUUUUGGGUUUCUUCACAGUGGGCAGGCAUGCGGAUCAGACUGCAGGGCUCAGGCCAUGCGGCCCGUCUCCUCUCUGAGCUCAACCGCUGCCGUCUGUCCCGUCUCCUCUGCGACGUGGUCCUCCAGGUCGGAGGUCGUUCCUUCCCCGCCCAUCGUGCAGUGCUGGCGUGCACCUGCACGCACUUCAACAGUUUUUUUUUCAAAGGCUCCCGAAACGGUAGCAUUCCCAACACCUUCUCAUUGGACUUUGUUUCGGCCACCAAUUUCGAGAAGGUGUUGACUUUCAUCUACACCGGUGAAAUUUUCACGGACCUUAUAGAUGUGGGCGUGCUGUAUGAACUGGCAGAAAGGCUGGGAGUGAAGGAACUGGUCAACGCCUGCCAUGCCACUUUUCCUGACCUGCAGAGCUCCAGUUCAGGACACCAGGUGUCCGAUGGAGAUAUGGAGAGUGAAAUGGCGUCUGCCACUACCGUGGCUACGUCUGUCUGUUCGCCCUCUGCAGCGUCGUGUUCCUCGUUGUCGUCUUCGGCCGCACCUACACCUGUCACACCAUCUCCGGUUCCUCACGGUAGGAACGGUAGGAUGAACAGUUCAAUCUUGGCCACCAUUUCGCUUUCCCAGUCUCCUAAAAAUGAAGACUUACAUUUAGGGUACAACCAGCUGGGAACCAACAAACCGAGUCCCUCGGACAGGAACCGUUCAACAGAAGCUCUUCCAGAUCUCGCUUUGCAGCUCAAGACGGAGCAGGACGAUGAAGGAGACAGCGGUGGAAGCAUCUCAGUGGAUCACCUCGUACUUAACGGUAGCAAAUCAACAUUUGGGGCUCUUCCAGAAACCUGCUCCAUUCCCGACUCCUCAGCCCAGCUCGGAGGAGAAUCCUGUGCACCCUCGUCGUCCGCUAACGACCCCCUGGACGGUUUACAGCUAGGGUCUGUUUCAGGUGGGGUAAGAGUCAAAGAUUUUUUUGAGGAAGAUGAUGCCAGGAAGCAGCCCGAGGCCUCGGCCAAUCAGUGGAGAGCACUUUCAGAGGACAUUAUUGAGCUUAGCGAUGAAGAGGAGCACUUCAUUGUGGAAGAAGAGGACGAUGAAGACCUGAUGUGUAUUGAGAACGGUGAACACGGGUCUCUUGGCCAGCUAGUUUCAUCGCAGCCGUGCAAGGCUUGUGGAAUGCAGCUUCCCGCCGAAAACGCCAUCAUUCGGACUCACGCCGAGACGCACCUCUCUGAAACAGGUUCCUGUCAGGUGUGCGGAGCCUCGUUCUCAGAGCGCGGGGCUGCUGUCACGCACGCCCUCACGCACGUGGGCAUCUUGCUGUUCUCCUGCGAUGUCUGUGAGCAGCAGUUUCAGAGCGAGGGCACGCUGAUUCAUCACAGACGGCAGUCGGCUAAUAAAUGCACCCCUCAGAAUCCUGAACAGCUGAACAGCGCCUUUCAGAGACAAGGAGGAGAACUGCAGUGUGCUGUUUGUGCUAAGACCACCGCAAAUGAUUUCAAGGCUGUCCGGGAGCACGUUCAGAGCCACGCAUGUUUACGAACUCUUAGCUGUGGAGUAUGCCAGCUGGCCCAGCCCUCUCGAUGCACUCUCCUGUGGCACACUAUGACCCACCUCUUUCCUUUUUACACUUGUCCGCAAUGUGGCAGCCCUUUCCUGGAGAGUUCGUUGCUAGAUCGCCACCUGGUGCUACACGAAGAGGAAGAGCCUUCGGCAAAACAGGACGGCAGCAGUCCGGAGACCAGCGGGGAAAGCCAAGUCGAUCUGCGCUGCUUCCUCUGUCCACAGACCUUCCGCUCUGAAACGGCUUUCCAUUACCAUCUCAGCGUGCAUUCUAAUGAGCUUCAGAGUAGCCAGGUGUGGCCGGCCAAGCGCAAAGCAGACCAGCUCCUGGAGUAUUCCCCAUCAUCUUCCUCCCCUUUGGAAGCCGGUGGCUCGGGUAAAACGGGAAAUGCAGGUUUCAACGUGAGCCUGGGAUUUAGCAUGCAGGACAAAAUGGUGCAUGGGGGUCUUCAGUUCCCUGCCGGGCUUGUCACGAAUGGCAACUCCUCCGGUAAUGUUUCCGGCGGUGCGGGGCUCAGGCAGAAAUGGUACCGCUGCAGGUAUUGCGGUAAACACUUUGCACACUCGGGUGAGUUUACCUACCACCUCCGCAUCCACACAGGGGAGAAACCCUACCAGUGCAAAGUAUGUCUGCGCUUUUUCCGUGGACGUUCCACCAUGAUCUGCCACCUUAAGACGCAUUCGGGUGCCCUCAUGUACCGUUGUACCGUGUGCGGCUUGUUCUUCUCUACACUUAAGAUGGUCUCUUCACACAUGGAGCUUCACAAAGACCAACUGUCACCUGAUUUUAACAUAGAGGAGACGUUCAUGUAUAACGACCACUCCAAAGAACCCAUCUCGUCCAUGGACACAUGAACAGACACCGUACAUCCACUACACUGUGUCGCCCACAUGGUUAAAGGGAAGUGACUGUAGACUUAGAAUGUAACUUAAUUGUUUCGUGUGUUUUCUCUGUGUCAUUGUGUACCGAAAGAAGACCAAAAUGUUUAAAAAAAUGUAGUGUUGUUACUUGGUCACUAGAUGGCACGAGAGAGAGAGAGAGAGAGAGAGAGAGAGCAAACGUUGCGCUGAUCUGUUUACCUCUAAAAACUCUUCCGGCAGUUCUGUCACAAUAAGCUAAAGUCUCUUAUUCUAAAGAAGAUGAAAGUUGCUCUUAUUCCAAGCAAGUGCAAGUUGAGAAUUUACAGGGACUUUAUAAAUUAUCCAAUACAUAAAGCAGUGCUUUUGGUCAAGGUUAUAAACAUUGUCCUUUUUUUAAAUAAAGGUACUUUUCUUUUACAAAAUAUGUGAUAUUUUUCUAUUAGCAUUGUGACAUUCGAGAUUCAAUUAGAAAUAGUUACUAGUUUAUGAGACACUGCAUAUUGUAUAUUGUCCUCGAAAUUCUUCAAGAGGAUUUUGAUUGUGGUGCUAAUAUAUCUGUCAGUUCAUGAGGUGGUGUUUAACCUGUUGACUUUGGACGUAUAAAAGUAUUUUGUGAAAACAGUGUUUUCAUUCGAGCUUCUGUUCUGAAAGUCAAGACCUUGUUAUGUGCCAAUUGUUUUACACCUGAAAUAUCUACUUAUUCUCGCAUACUAAUAUUUAUUAUGACACGUUUCACUUUUUUGGUAUUAUUGUUCCUCAUCACUGUGGCAUUUAUGGUUAUUGAA